CUAGCGGCCCUUCGAGAGACAGACGGACAGUAGAGGGUAAAAGCAACGCCGCAGCCAUGAGUCUGGUAGCGAAUGAAGAUUUCCAGCACAUUUUGCGUAUCCUUAACACCAACGUCGAUGGAAAGCAGAAGAUUAUGUUCGCUCUCACUUCCAUCAAAGGUAUCGGCCGCCGAUUUGCCAACAUCUGCUGCAAGAAAGCCGACAUCGACAUGAACAAAAGGGCUGGAGAGCUGUCUUCUGCUGAGAUUGAAAAUCUGAUGACGGUUGUUGCAAACCCCCGUCAGUUCAAGAUCCCAGACUGGUUCCUUAACAGGCAGAAGGAUUACAAGGAUGGUAACUAUUCACAGGUUGUAUCCAAUGCUUUGGAUAUGAAACUCAGGGAUGAUCUUGAGAGAUUGAAGAAAAUCAGGAACCAUCGUGGUCUGCGACACUACUGGGGUCUUCGUGUACGUGGACAGCACACUAAGACUACUGGACGCAGGGGAAAGACUGUUGGUGUCUCCAAGAAGCGUUAAGAGAUUUUGUUUUUACACCCCAUCUGUUCUCAUUAAAUUAUGUUCUGUUUAUUUUUCAAAUUUUGGUUAAAUAUACAAUGAAUGAUGUGGUUUUAGCACUUGGAGUUCCUGUUUCCUAAGCAUGUGAGCCUUUAGGGUUUUCAAUCAAAGUCGACAGCCUUUUGCUUCCUCUCUAUAUUACUAAUUUACUGAACUGAUGAGUGAUGAGUUUUUAGAACUUCUAUAAUCAUUUCUGUGGGUUUAAUGCCUCCUUUGGUAAUUUCGAUUCUUUCAUUCCAAA